AUAACUAUGUGCUUCAGACGUAUUUCAUUACUAUUUCUUAAUAUUGGAUGGAUUUCAUUAGGUCUAAGUGCUUAUAUAGACGAAUUCAUAAAUCCGGAAACGAAUUUCAUAUCGAAAACAGAACGAUAUGUAUGGAAGAAACCAACACUCAAUUCGCCGAAUGAUAUGUUAAUGUAUGGUGGUAUUAACACGAAAAUUGAAGAAUAUCCAUUUGUGGUUCAAAUAUUCCAACGCAUACGCAAGGUAUUCCAUGGAGAGAAAAUAUGGAUAUGGGAUUUUAUAUGCACUGGAACCAUUCUCUCAGAGUCGGUAAUAAUAACUGCAGCACGAUGUAUCAAUGAUGCGCAACAAUAUGGCAUAAUAGCCGGUGAAACAUUUUGUGAUAAUUCAAGCCAAUCACGUACAUUAGACUGGAGUAAGAACGAAAAUUUUAGAGAGAUUGACAAAAAGUCUACACGAAUACAUCCUUUAUUCGGAAAAGAUUCGGACAUAGAAUAUAAUGUUUCUUUGUUGAAGUUAAAAGUAAGAUUAAUAUAUACAGACAAAAUACAAAACAUAAAAAUCUGUCAUAGAGAUUUGGAAUACUGGGCUAAAAUAAAUAAGGAGGAAUUCGUGGGAGAAGUAGUGGGAUGGAAUUGGAGAAAGGACCAAUAUUGUUGUCCGAUUUCCGAACAGCUAAUGAAAAUCCAGCAAAAAAUUACACCGCUUGAGCAAUGUAGAAAAAUGUUUUACGAAGAUUCAAGUGGAAAAGAUUAUUUACCAACUUGUACAACAUUUUGCGGUACUGAGUUUAAGUCUCAAGAAUAUUUGUGUAAAUCUGAUUCUGGAGCCCCGUUUGUAUUCAAUAAUACGUUAUUUGGCAUAACGACUUUUUUCCCACAUGAAUGUGACAAAGACUUGAAUCCGUUACGAACACGUUAUGUGUUGUAUGCACGACUGUCAAAUGUUAAUUUACUUACCUGGUUGAAAGAAGAAUUGAACAAACUUGACCAGGAAUGA